UCCAAUGUCAUAAAUAUAUAGAAUAAAUUUUUCACAAUUGCAUGUCAUAAUACUAUAUUAUGUAACAUGUUAAUUUAUUGAAAUGACAUAAUUAUUUAUAGAAUCUGCAGAUCAUAGUUAUCUAUACAAAAUAUAUAUUAUUUUCAAUAAGAAACCUUCUCAUGAUUGUCAUUUGUAAUAAUUCCUAAUAAAAAUAUUCCCUAAACUAAAAAUUCAUUUUAUUUAGACGUAAAAUCAACGGUUUCUUUAAAUUACAAAUAAAACAAGUUAAUAGCUUAUCGAAUUUUAGCGUGUUCACUUCCUGGAUCCUCGGAUGUGCACCAAUGAACUUGGGUACUUAUUGACAUGCAAAAACAUAGACUAGCGAUUUUUAUAAUCUCUGAUACUUAAUAGAUAAAUAAAUUAUUUAUUAAAAAAUUUCAUUAAUAAUUUUUUAUUUAUUUUCUUAAGAUAUAAAAGUGAAUUUUACAAAAAUUUAAUACUAUAUUAUACCUGAUUGAUCAAUUUGGAAAACUAAAUUAAAAGAUCUUAAUUCUAAUCUUAAGAAUGAGAUUACAAUUUCUAUUUUAUGAAUAAUAAGAAGUGUGCAAACUACCACCAUAAUCCGGAUUAAUAUUACCUGUUUGUGUAUAAAAGCGAGGACUAUUAGGAUGUGAUAAUGAAUCUCCUGUGAACCAGAGGGUCGAGAAUUAUCAAGUGUUUCUUUAAACAACAAUAUUAAAAUGUAUAUCUAUAAUAUGCCUUAUGUUGAACGUAUGCAACUUUGUAAAAUUUUGGAUGAACAAGAUAGAUGGGAAGAACUGGCUACAGUACAUAUGCAAUAUGAUUUGCGUACAAUUAACAUAAUUAAAAAAAGUGACAAACCUACAGAUUAUCUAUUGACCAACUGGGGCAAUAAAAACCACACGGUACUGGAAUUAUUUGAGCUUUUAUAUAGGAUGAAGAAUUAUGAAGGAAUGGUCAUAAUUAAACAUUUUGUUGAUCCAAUUUACCAUUCUAAAAUUGUUAAAUGCGCUAGGAAUAUUAUCAAUAUCAAAAAGCCUGAGGUAAAUUCAAUGAAUUUCAAUAGCAAUGUGAAAAAACCUUCAAAUUUGAAGUUUUUGGCCAACGAUGGGAAGACAACGGAUAACAAUAAUAUAUCACCACAAUUGCAGAAUCAAUCCUUCAAGUACGCAACUCCUUCGGACGCAUCGAUUGUAAGUAUAUCUGCAGGAUCAAUUCCUCAAAUUUCUUAUGCUAAUCUACUGGAAGCAACUAAUCAUUGGGACAACAGAAAUUUAUUGGGAAAAGGAGGUUUUGGAACUGUUUUUAAAGGCAAAUGGAAAAAUACACAAGUGGCAAUAAAACGAAUAGAGCCAAGACUAGACGCCCAUAUUCAAAUGAAGCAGUCAAUCGUAGAACUACAAUGUCUCAAUGCUUACAGACAUGACAACAUCUUGCCUGUCUAUGGGUACAGCAUAGAUGGACCUUUGCCUUGUCUUAUUUAUAAGUAUAUGGCGGGCGGUUCUUUGGACUCGCGCUUGAGGGUCACUGAUCCAGGCAAAGCACUGACGUGGCCGAAGCGUUUGGAUAUUGCCUUGGGAGUUGCAAGAGGCUUGCAGUUCUUGCACACAUCAGGAGAAAAGGGACUAGUACACGCCGACAUAAAGUCAGCCAACAUCCUCUUAGACCUUCACGAUAUGCCUCUAAUUGGGGACUUCGGCCUUGCCAGAGAGGGCCCGAAUGGAGACUACACCAAAGUUAGCAAAGUCCAUGGCACCGUUGCCUACUUGCCCGCAGAAUUCCUGCGCCAUAAGAAGUUUUCCACUAAAGUUGAUGUUUACAGCUUCGGGGUUGUCCUGUUCGAGUUGGCCACUGCACGAAAAGCUGCGGUGAAAGUUGGAUCUAAGAUUGUAUAUUUGAAAGAGGCGUUUGAUUAUUUUGAAGGUGAUGUGAUGACGUUGAAGGACCCCUUAGUAGGGGGUUACGAUUCCUGUUUUAAGGGGUUAAUUGACAUUGGGAUUUUGUGCGUCCACGAUAACGCCUAUUUGAGGCCGGAAAUGGUGGAGGUUUACAAAAUGUUAGAAGGAAGGGAAGUCUGGUGUCCGACAUAAAUCUUCAACAAGAACAAGC